AAAUGGCGGGUCAGGUUCGAGUGCUUCAACUCGAAGCUGGUCAAGAGUUGGAAACAAAACUAUUCAGAAUCGAGAAAGGAUGGACUUUACGCUUCACCUUGGGUCCUUCACUACAACCUUACAAUGUUCACUUACUUUGCAACCACCCGCCAUCCAAUCAGCAGUCAUUUGAUAGGAAAAAGUAUACAGAGUUGGCAUGGACAUGCCCACCUGGACAAGAAUGUGACGAUGCUGAUAGAUUUGCAGAUAUUAUAGCACAUUCUGCAGGAUCAUUUCAUUUCUAUGUCACUUACCAAAAUGGUGAAAACAAAGGAAAGGAAGAGAGAAGGACAACCUCAGGCUAUUUUUCAGUGGAUCCAGUUUUAAAAGUGAACAGCUCAGAAACUAUCCCAUUGGAGUGUGUAAGCUUACAGACUGUGCUGUCUAAGAGUUUAGGACCCUUGGAGGAGUGGAGCGAUCGACUUAGGGUAACCAAAGAAACUGGUUACAAUAUGAUUCACUUUACGCCAAUACAACAACUGGGAAAGUCAAACUCUUCAUACUCUCUGUUAGAUCAGCUCAGCGUCAAUGCUGCUUUUCAUUCACCUGGAAGAAAAAAUGCUUCCUUUGAUGGAGUUAAGGAUAUUCUUGACAAGAUGCGCAGUGAGUGGAAAGUGAUGUCUAUUGUGGACGUAGUUCUGAAUCACACAGCUAACAACUCUCCUUGGUUAUGGGAUCAUCCAGAAUGCUCUUACAACUUGGACAACUCUCCUCAUCUCAAACCAGCAUUUUUGUUGGAUCGUGCCUUGUGGCAUUUCACCUGUCAAGUAGCUGAUGGGUUAUGGGCUGCAGAUGGUUUACCUGCAGAAGUGAACUGUGAAUACCAUAUACAUAGAAUAGGUGACAUAUUGCGGCACCAAGUCUUGCCAAAACUACAGCUAUGGGAGUUGUUUAGUGUGGAUGUUGCCAAGGCAGUUGAUCAGUUCCGUACAGCCAUGCUGAAGGUCAAAAAACCAUGGAGUGGCUCUUUAAAACAUGAUGAGGAGCCACUUGUACUAACAGUAGGUCCAUCAUACGAACGCUUUUCAGCAACUGUUGAUAUUGUAAAGGCUGUUGCAAAGUUUAACAGAGAACGUUCUGAUGCUUUGGAUGAGAAAGGACGGCUUCAAUUAUGUUGUGAGGACUUUAAAGCACAUCUCAACAACCUCAAUGACAAUGUCAAGAACAGAGAAGUUGCUGAUCAUAUUGAAUCUGCCAUCCAAAGCGUUCAGAAUACAGUGCGGUAUGAACGUCUGAAUGGGGAUGGCCCAAGACAUCCAAGAGUUACAAGAACAUGUCCUUUAGUAACAAGGUAUUUCACUACACCUGGCGACUGUGAUACAGUCGAAGAAGAGGAGAAGCUCAUGUAUUCGAACAAGGCAAAAUUUUGCAUGGCACAUCCAGGAUGGAUAUGGGGUGGUGACCCUCUAAGGGACUUUGCUGCCCCAGGAUCAUUUGUCUAUUUCCGCCGUGAAGUAAUUGCAUGGGGUGACAGUGUUAAACUUCGAUAUGGUAAAGGGCCAGAGGAUGUACCAUUUCUUUGGGAUUACAUGUUGAAGUAUGUGAAGAUUUGUGCAAGGGUAUUUGAUGGCAUUCGCCUUGAUAAUUGUCACAGCACUCCACUUCAUGUGGCAGAGUACUUUGUAGAUGCAGCAAGGCGAGUGGAACCUGACCUUUAUGUUACAGCAGAAUUGUUCACUGGUUCUGAAGCUACGGACAAUAUUUUUGUGAACCGACUAGGAAUUACAUCUCUUAUUAGAGGCGUGUCAGAGGGCUUUCCGAUUGUAUGUCAUAUAAUCAAAGUAAUUACAACGACUUGUCGUGCUGAACAGAAAGGAAAUAACAGUUUUGAAGUAUAUUUUGAUCAUUUCGCCCCGGGAAGUGUCAUUGCAUUUGAUGUCACCAUGGAAACCAACGUCAAGAAUGCUCUCGGUCAGUUGAGACAGCUUGGAGUGGAUUUGUAUCAGAAACAAUCUGGGAGCCAGGAGAGUUACAAAAUGAUUGAUGAGUUAGACGACAUACUCGCCAAUCUGUCGCUGUCCGAUCUCAACCGAGUGUUGUACCGAGCAGAUCCCGAAGAACGAGAUGAUGGUAAUGGUGGGGGAGUGUAUGUUCUGCCUGAUACAGGACCUCUUGUUUAUUGUGGUUUACAAGGUGUGAUAUCAGUGCUGGCCAAUGUCCGGCCGUUUGAUGAUCUCGCUCACCCUCUGUGUAGAAAUCUGCGGGAUGGAAACUGGUUGUUGGAUUAUGUUGUGGGAAGACUUCUUCCUUUUGUUGGUACAAGACAGUUGGGUGUAUGGCUUGACAAGGUUUUCAGUCUGAUCAAGGAAUGUCCAAGAUAUCUGGUUCCAUGCUACUUUGACGCCAUUAUCACCCCUCUUUAUCUUAAACUGCUGGAUCGAGCUUGGAGCCAGAUGUCAAGUUUUGUUCAAAAUGGCUCAUCGUUCCUCAAAGCCCUUUCACUUGGCUCUCUCCAGUUCGUUGGCCUGUCUCGGACAGCCUCGCUUCCAGCUCUGUCGCCCCAACUGUACCAUGGUCCAUCAUCUGGGGCUGACAUGCCAACUCUGAUGUCAUUAGCGGCGGGUUUGCCUCAUUUUUCUUCUGGCUUCAUGCGCUGCUGGGGGCGAGAUACGUUUAUUGCACUUAGAGGUUUAUUACUUGUAACGGGCAGGUACCAGGAUGCCAGACAUCAUAUCUUGGCCUUUGCUGGAUGUAUCCGCCAUGGCCUCAUUCCUAACCUGUUGGACGGUGGACGCAAGCCCCGGUAUAACUGUAGGGACGCCCCGUGGUGGUGGCUCCAGUGUAUUCAGGAUUAUUGCUCCAUUGUCCCGGAUGGGCUGAAGAUCCUGUCGGAACCAGUCUCCAGGAUCUUCCCUUCGGAUUGUUCUGAUCCGCAGCCGCCAGGCAAAACCGAUCAGCCUCUAUAUGACGUAAUACAAGAAGUGAUGCAACGCCAUUUCAACGGUAUCAGUUUCCGUGAGCGGGGAGCUGGGCCCGAGCUAGACAACCACAUGCAUGGUGCAGGGUUCAAUGUCUCUGUUGGUGUCCGCGAGAGCACUGGGUUUGUUUAUGGUGGGAGCCAGUGGAAUGCUGGGACAUGGAUGGACAAAGUUGGUGAAUCUCAUAUGGCGGGAAACUUUGGAGUGCCUGCCACUCCCAGGGACGGCAGCGCAGUUGAGAUAGUGGGUCUUUGCAAAUCAACUGUGCGCUGGUUAGCUGAGCUGUGUGAUCAAAAGAAGUUUCCAUAUGCGGGCGUGUCAAAACUUCAAGAUGGUUUUCCCGUAGAGUUAUCUUACAAGGAGUGGAGCUUGAAGAUUCAGAAUGCGUUUGAAGAACAUUUCUGGAUACCUGAGGAUCCUAAAGAUAAAAAGCAGCAAGGUGAUGAAGACAAAUUGGUCCACAGAAGAGGAAUUUACAAAGACACUGUCGGAGCUACUCACAGAUUUACAGAUUACCAGUUCAGACCUAACUUGUGUGUGGCUAUGGUUGUGGCUCCAGAGAUGUUUAACCCUGAAAAUGCGUGGAAGUGUCUUGACAUGGUGGAGGAAAUUCUCUUAGGUCCACUGGGCAUGGCUACAUUGGAUCCCAGUGACUGGGCGUAUGAAGGAGUUUAUGACAACUCGCAAGACUCCACCUCAUACAAGAGUGCUAAAGGAUUCGCUUAUCACCAAGGCCCGGAGUGGCUAUGGUGUACUGGCCCUUUCUUGAGAGCUCGGCUGUACUUCGCUAAAAAACUUCAUGGUCCAAAGGGACUGGAACUGGCAGUUGUGCGUGUAAAGAGCAUCCUGGCAAGACACAAGGUAGAGAUAACGAGCUCCCCCUGGCGUAGCCUACCAGAACUUACUAAUGCAGGGGGGGCUCCGUGUCAUGAUGGCUGUCCAGCACAGGCGUGGUCUGUCGGCUGCUUGUUGGAUGUGCUGUAUGAUAUGGAAAAGUUGGUCAAAGAUAAUUAAACUUAGUUUUUAUUAAUUAGUCUUUUUCUUCCCUAUCGUUGUUUUAAGUAACGCAACUUCUGUAACGUAACUCAAUGGUGGGUUUGCCACGCACGUUGUCGUCAUUAUGUGACGUGACUAUAAGUGGUCACGGAACGGGUUAGAUUGCGUGACUAUGAAACGGCAGCUUGCCUAGAAAAACUGGAAGGUUUAGGUAAAGUCGAAUAUCAUAGAGAUGUCCCUAGGUUAUUCCAAGUCAGAUUUCACUUAGGUAAGAUUUGCAAGUAAUGAUAAUGAUAAAUAUUUAGUUAAUAUUUUUAGGUGUAGAACUGACAUUUGCUAACUCGUGAAUGUUUUAUUGUUUGUUUUCAACUUCAGAUUUCUUUUUUGCAUUAGUUUAGGAAAGACUUGGAGCUUUCAAAGUAGUUAGGUGCAAAACCUUUUUUAAUGGCUUAUUUAAGAUGGGAUGUAAUUUUUUUCUCUAGGCCUGAUCCUCCAAUCCUAACGAAAAAACACAAAUAACGAAACAAAAUGAAUAUUAGUUUUAAUGAAAAAACGAGAUGUAAUAGUAUUUUUGUGAAAUCGUAUGUAUACUUCAUCAACCGAAGUGUAAUUCCUUCUUUGCCCAACCUGAGAUCUAUAUGCGGGCUCUACCAUUUUAACGGUGUGUAUUGGCGCAUGCGCUUGAGCCUGCGCAGUAGAAAAGCACUUAGAGGGGAUUACAUCAUGGGAAAUCGUAGUGUCUCCAAUGUAGCAUCAAGUUACAACAUUGAAAAAUUAGUGAUUUCGUAGAAAGGAACUAAUUGCUCAGAAUAUGAAAUUGGUUAUGUAUAUUUUAUGUAGAAUGUCGAAUUUUUUUUGCUAUAGUAUUAUUUAUGCAAGUUAUUUCGUCAGGGUUACUUUGCAUUUUAGGUGUAACGUGAGUUGUCUGUUCGUUCCACUGAACGUGAUUUAAAAGAACUUUAAAAAAUAAAUGAAAUAUGAAUGAA